AUGCCGGGGGUGUCCCCAGGACUCACCAUCCCCGUGGACAUCCCCGCCUUCCGCUUCCAGCCCCGCCGCUGCCACUUCUGCGAUAAAGCCUUCAUGAACGACUCCUUCCUGCAAGACCACGUGCAGCGCCGGCACGCGGAGGCCACCGAGGCAGAGAGGCAGAAGACAAAGCAGGUGGAGCAAAUGGAGGAUGAGGUGCAGGAGCUGAAGGCAAAACUGCAGGAGAUGCGGCAGCAACUGGAAGCAGAGAAGCUGCGCCAGGAACAGGGAACAGAGAGAGCUCGCCAGCAAGAGGAGGAGGGCAGGAGAGAUCUGGAAAGGUGGAAAGAGGAGGAGAGGACGAAGCUGCAUGAAGAGAUAGAUGGCCUGAGGCAGCUCUUCCUUGCUGCGUUCAAGGAGGUGGCCAGCAGGAACAGUGCCAUGGAGGGGAAACUGCAGGAGCUUCAGGCCAGAGAGGUGGCGGUGUCCAACCUGGGGACCCUGCGGGAUGAUGACACCGAAGAGGCAUGGUGGGAGUCACCAAAACAAGCAGAGCUGCAGGGCAAUUGGGAGCAGAUGGCAGUGCAGUUGAAGAAAAAGAACAAGACACUUCGUGCCGCCCCGUUUCAGGACCAGCAGGCAGUUGUGGGCAGUGUCGAUCGGCAGAAGGAUGCCCUCAGCACCCGGCUCAGGGAGCAGCCCAAGGUCAUGAAGUCCCAGGAGAAGAAGAUCAAGCUGCUAUCUGCAAGCAAACCUGAAGUGAUCCGGGAGGUGACCAAAGUGGUGGCUGCUGGGAAGUCACCAGACAGGGAGGAGGCCACCCUGGGUGGGAAGCAGAGGCUGCUGGUAGCCCUGCAGAUAAACCCAAACCUCCUGAAGCAGUUUCGCCCCAUCCUGGAGGAAGAGCUGCGGAAAAAGCUGGAGAGCAUGGGGGUCAAGAGGGUUGCGAAGGGGAUCUCCACUCGGACUUAUAAAAGCCUUCAGGCUCUGGUCAGGCUUCAGCAGCAACAGAAGGCUGAGAAAUUUCCUGGUCUCCUCCACCUGAGGGAUGAGUUGGUCCAAGCAGUGAUGGGGAAAGUCAGGCGAUGCAAGCAACCCAGCACUACUUUGCCUCAACAGCGCUCCGUCAUCCAAGCUCAAAGCCCGAAGAGACCCAGGUCCCUUCGUGGGUCACAGCCCAUGGUGAUACCAGCUGUAGUAGAGCCUAAAGCCUCGGUGAUCCCCCAGCUAGCUCCUUGGAGCAAGGCCUGUUCCACCCACAGCCCCCCCGGGACUCCCUGGGGCACCCUGUGGACCUCCAAAGCCAGCAGGUCCCACAGAGCACCUGUUCCACAGCGAAGACCAGAAGCUAAGCUGGGAGAGAAGAAACCCUCCCCUUCCCCCAUGAAGCUCAGCCCUCGGCAAGAGCUGGGGGUCUCUGCAGUGGUGCCAGGGGAUGAGACUGACUCCGACGUGUCAGACUUGGACUCCCUGGAGGAACUGGCUGGUUCAGGGACAGCCAUGUCCACGAUUGUGCGGCGCUUGGAGAGAUGCCUGGAUGCAGAGGCACGGAGACUGCCCAGUGGAGUGAAACUCUCGUCAGCCCUGAGCUCGGCAUCGCCAAAAACCAGUCAGCCCACCAAGAAACUCCAGUUUGCAGGUGACAGCAGUGACCUGGAGACCUCCUCCCUGGAGGACCCGGCCGAGUCACCGGCGCUGGCGGCUGCUGAUGCUCGGGGGACCACCUUGGUUCCCAGGCUCCGCAGGAGCCGGGCUGCCAGGGGACACAUGGUGGUGACAGGGAAGUGA